CGGCGGCGGGGGGAGCCGGGAGCCAGCCGCCGGCCGCGCCGCCGCCCACGCCGCACAAGAGGAUGAAGAAGCGCAAGGAGCUGAACGCCCUCAUCGGCCUCGCCGCCGACGGCCGCAGGAAGAAGCCCGCCAAGAAGGGCUCGGGCCACCGGCUGCUGCGCACCGAGCCGCCCGCCUCCGACUCCGAGUCGAGCUCCGAGGAGGACGAGUUCGCGGCGCCCGGGGCGCGGGGCCGCUUCGCCCGGGGAGAAUAUCUACGAUGCUGCAAAUUCUGUUAUCCAUUAUGUGCUUUUGUCAUUCUUGCUGCUUGUGUGGUCGCUUGUGUUGGCUUAGUCUGGAUGCAGGUAGCUCUCAAAGAAGAUCUGGAUGCAAUAAAGGAAAAGUUUCGAACUAUGGAAUCUAAUCAAAAGACAUCAUUCCAGGAAAUUCCUAAACUGAAUGAAGAUUUGCUGCAGAAGCAAAAGCAGCUAGAACAAAUUGAGACUGGAGAGCUAGGACUAAAUAAAAUUUGGAUAAAUAUUACAGAGAUCAAUAAACAGGUAUCACUAUUGACCUCAACAGUAAAUCAUCUCAAAACCAACAUCAAAUCUGCUUCUGAUUUGAUUAUUCUUCCUGUCACAGUAGAGAAACUCCAGAAGACCGUAGCAAACAUAGGUAGCACGUUAACCAGUGUUUCUCAUGAUGUUGAAAAUAUGCAAACAGCAAUUGAAGAAUACAAGAAAUCCAUAGAAACACUCCAAAAUGAUGUGAAGGAAUUAAAGCAGAUGCCUUCAUUUCCCUCCAUUGUUACACCAAGGACUCAGAGAAAUCAGACAGAAGAUUGCAAACAGGAAAGCCAGUCUCAGCAUGCAGCUUUGGAGGAGCUAAAUAAUACUGUAGUAAUGUACCAAAAGUUGAAUGACAUAAAGCUUCUAAAUGUGGAUUCAGCCAUUGGUAAUCUAAGCCAGAGGGUUGUGCUGUUGGAAAGCUCUCUGGUUGAUGUGAAUAAGCUGGACAAACAAGAGAACUUGUCUACCAGUAUGGGGAAUGAUGCAACUACCUCUCUAAAUGUGGAAAAUGAAGAUCAACUCGAUAAUGAAACUCAUUCAGAUAAAGAAUUGAAGGAAACAGGAACUAGAGAUUCUCAGGUAUCAGAACUAAGAGAGAAGCUUCAGCUGAUCAGUGCUCUCUCAAGCAAGCCAGAAAAUGACAGAUCCACUGAGGCAUCAAAGAAUGUUGGAAGUAGUCCAAGUGCUACAGCAAAGCCCACAGACCUUUCAAAGCUAACUUCAAGGUCAGCUGAUGACAACACAGAGAAGAAUGGAGAGCUGAGACAUCUGUCCUUACCAGGAAUAUCAAGCAUAAAAGAUCUUCAGAAUUUGUUUGAAAAAGCAACUGAAGAUGCUGAUGGAAAACUAUCCUAUGAAGAUCUUAAAAAGCUACUUGGUUCUACAGUCCAAGAAUUGCAGAGCUUUAAGAUGUUUGAUACAGAUGGAGAUGAAAAAUACUCAUUACAAGAACUGAGAUUAGCUUUAGGUGUAUAGAGUAUAUAUUUAGAAAUGUGAUAUUGAUGGAUGCUACUGUAGCUAAAAAAACUACAGAACGUGAAAAAAUUGUCUGCACUUUCCCAGGCUUUUGGAGCUAAAUUACUGUACACAUUGCCACUUUCAUUUGUGUUUGUUAAAAAGAAAUUUACUAAUUUAAUGUAGAUAGAACACUAUUGGGACUGUGUUAAAAUCCAGAAAAAUCCCAAACUUACUAGAAAUAAUUUGCCUGUUGUUUUUUCCUUUCCAAAGGAGGUCUUGUUUUUAAUUUAAAUGUGUACAUACAAAAAUAAACCCAUGAUUUUAUAUUUCACUGAAAUUUGCCUUAAAUUAGAGAGCUGCACUUUAUGUAGAGCAGAAAGAAAUCUGUCUUGUAAAGAUGGGCUUUUUUCUGCUUGUAAAUAUUUGAAAUAGAGUAAAUUAUGCAUAUUUAAGAAGUUUGUAUUGGGCUGUGUUAGUAGUAAACAUGUUUAUUAGAGAGACUGAACCUAAACUGGGUUGUUGAGAGCUUCAGCAAAAAUUCUAAUUUUGAUUAAAAAUAUCCAUGAAUGAGUUUAGACUCAGGCAGAGGAAGGUGGGAGUGAUAAAUUAUGCCCAUCUAUAGCAGAACUUAUUUUUAGAGAGAGAGAGUAAAAGUUUUUAUAUCACGAGUCUACAGGAGCAAUUACCUACCCAGCACUUGGGUUUUCACUUCAUCUUUUCUUUUAGCUUUGCUGUAUUGCAUUCAGAUUGCUUUUUUCUUUCUUUUUUUUUUUUUUUUUUUUUUGAGAUUGAGAUAAUAAUAAAAAUAUUGGAGAACUUUAACAGAUGUUUAAGAGGUAAAAGUCUGCAGUGUGAUUUGCCGAAUGGCACCCAAAUAGUUCCCAUAUCUGCUGUGCAGGGGUGGGAUCAGAGGAGUGCUGUUGAUCUUGCUAACUGGUCACUGGAGAUCUUUUUAAUAGGAUGCUGAUGCUGCUGAUUUUUUCCACUUGUUCUUGGUGUUGCUCUUACGCCCUGAGCAAAGCUCCCUGUUAUUUUGUGAACAGGUGAAGGGGCCCACAGCAGGACUUCAUGCUGUUUUCUGGGCUGAUGUGAAUGUGACUGCUUGAUAUCUAAACCAAGGCGUUCUUGUUAAUAAAAGGAUAUAAAAGGCAGGCUAGGAGAGUGCAGUCAUGUCAGCAUUCUCUACUGGUAAAUGCUGUGUAAGUGAAGUUUCCAUGGCCAGUUAACCAUAUCUGCAGAGGAACUUGGGUGUGUUUAUACAAGGGAAUGUAAACACAGAGCAUGUAAAACCCAGGGAUUCUUCCUUAAACAUAUAUAUAUAUAUAUAUAUAUAUAUGUAUAUAAAGGACUUUUGCAGAAGAGAUUCUCUUACAGGUCAGAUCAGGGACAAAUCUGAUGACUUUGCCCGCAAAUAUCAUUGAUCUUACUGUGAGUCUUCUGCAAAAUUAGUGAAUUGAAAGUACUCACCUCACUGAAUCAUCAGUAUGUAUGUAAGUCUGUUCAUAAUUGUUGAGUUUUAUUUAACUUUGGACUGGAUGUUUAUAGUUUUAUGAAUAAUUGUAUACUGGAAGUAUAAACCAGUGAAAGAUUUUGCAAAAUGAAACUUUUAUCCAUUGCCUAGGCUUCUUUCACUGUUGCUUUUCUAUCCUAUUUGGAUAAUGCAGAUGUGACCCAGUAAGCAGAUGCUUUUGUUGAUGUGACAUUUUAAAACACAGUAUUAAAAAACAAGCAAGCAACCAACCUGGGCUUGAAAAGGACAAGAAGCCAGCGUGUACUUCUUACCACCUUCCACACACUUUUAUACACUUCUGUAUGAUUCUUUAACCAAAUAAUAAAACUAGCAAUAAAAUGUAACCAUUAUAUUAUUUGUAUAUACUGUAUCAUAGCCAUAUUCCAAAGUUUGCAAACUUAUUUUUGAAAGUUUGAUUUGUAUGAAAUUUAACAUAUCUUUAAAUUUAAAAAGUCUUGUAUUGCCAUGUAAAUCUAUUAGUGCUUCUUGUUUUGUUGCAGUGUGCUUUACUUUGGCAAGGCUCUUCAACAGGAAGAGUGAAAUUGUCAGCUGAGCUCGUUUGGAGAAGUAUGCUGUUCCUGACUGGUGUUCUCUAUAUGUGGCCGAGGAACUGAGCUGGUUUGUAAUCGGGCACUAGGACACAGCUGUCCAGUAGUGCUGCUUCAUUUGCCUGGCAAGUGUGUAGCGGUGUUUCACUGCAACUGCUAAUUGCCCUAGUCCGUGCAAAUGUAGGGUAGACUUGUGCUGCAGCUUUAACAAAAUCAGAUCAUCUAAGAGUACAGCAGUAGCUUAUGCUUGAUUUAGACAAGCCAGUAGCACUUUGUUGCAACCUUGAAGUGUUGCUCCCCAACCAGCUCCUUUGAUUUGUACAAGCUCUGCCGUGUCUCGGGUCACCAUCUCCCGUGCUUUCCAAAGUCUUCACACUGGGUGUUGGACUUCUGCCACUUCUUUUGUAUCUCUUCAGCACUGGAUGAAAGUCACAGGCAUAAAAAACUGGCCUGUCUCGAUCUGCUGCCUGUGGCUGUGAGGUGCUGGUGGGCCUCGGGGGGUGAGGCGGUGGGAGCCCCAGGGCCGCCUCACAGGAGGUGAAGCAGGAGGCCACCUGCUCUCGCCUCUGUGCUUCCUCCAGCUGCAGAUGAGCUCCUGGGCCCCUAGGGGUUUCUGAGCCCCAUUUAAUUGCCUCUGGCCCCUCUGGUGUCGGAGGACAGCCUGUGAGCUUGCCUGCCUGCUCCUGUGGGUGGAAGUGCAGGAGAAAGUGGGUGAGCUGCGACUUUGGAGAGGAAAGGGAAAUGUGACGCCCUAUCAGAGGGUCUUAAAGGCCGGCAGCUUCCAGGUGGAUGCUGUGCCUGGGCUGCUUCUGCUCCCGGCCUCUUUCCUACGGUGGAGAAAUUUGGGGACUAACGGGGUGGCAGCGAGGGAAACCCUCCGGAAGCCGCUCCGCAAUGGGAACGGGCAACGGCUCGCUCCGAGACCUGCUGUUACACUGCGAUUUUUGGUUUCACUCUUCACCUUGCACUCCUCGUUUCCUUGAAAGACUGAUUUACCAGUCGGGAUUUGUUGUUUUUUCAGUAGUAUACUCCUGUGUGGGGGCCGUUCUGUACAUUCAGUUUGCGCCUGCCUGUGCAAUGAAACGCCUCUGACCGAAGCCGUACGGGUUUCGGAAAUGCGUGGCGGCUUCUUCGACCUGAUGAGUGUAACUGUUGGGUGUGGUUUUUUUUAAGCUCCUGAACACCACACGUUUAUCAUGUAACGCCACUUUAAUUAAAUAAAAUUUAAUUUCUAGUGUG